AUGUAUUCUAUCUCAAACAAAAAACCUUCCAUACUAAGUAUGGUUCCCUUAAAUAUUCUGAAAAACCAUGAUAUAAAAUUGAAAAAAGAUCAAGAGAAAAAGAUAUCUUUUAACCCGGUGGUCACUCCCAUAAGGUCGGAUGACUAUCACGACAAAACUUCCAGAUCUUCAAGUUCAAGUCAUUCUGAUUCACCUGAAUUUUUGAGAAUCAACAACAACAAAUCUAGUUACAAAGACGGGGAUUUGAAGGUUUUUGAAAGUAAAAAAUUGGUUCCACUCUUCAUUGGUGACCUUCAUGAAACUGUUACUGAAGAAACUCUAAAAGAUGUUUUUGGAAAAUUUCCAUCUUUUGUUUCUGCCAAGGUGUGUCUUGACUCGGUAACUAAGAAAUCAUUGGGCCAUGGUUAUUUAAAUUUUGAAGAUAAAGAAGAGGCUGGAAAAGCCAUGGAAGAACUGAACUACACUGAAGUUAAUGGAAAAGAAAUUAGGAUUAUGCCAUCACUAAGAAAUACAACGUUUAGGAAAAACUUUGGUACUAAUGUGUUUUUCUCCAAUUUGCCCUUAAACAAUCCUCAAUUAACAACUAGAGCAUUUUAUGAUACGUUUUCGAGAUAUGGGAAAAUAUUAUCCUGUAAGUUAGACUCGAGGAAAGAUAUAGGGUUCGUGUAUUUUGAGGACGAAAAAACCGCAAGAAAUGUGAUUAAAAUGUACAAUAAUACAAAUUUUUUUGGAAAAAAGAUUUUGUGUGGAAUACAUUUUGAUAAAGAGGUCAGAAGUGUUCCAAAUUUUGAAACACAGAAGUCACGAUUGGAUUCGGAAACAAUCAUCGAGAAGGAGCAAGCCUUGAACGAUAAACAAUCAAAACGUAAUAACGGUGAAUCUAAGAGUAACCUGCCAUCAUCUCAAAACUCCAUCUUUAUCAAAAACUUGCCAAUAAUAACCACAAGAGAUGAUAUUUUGAAUUUCUUUAGUGAAGUAGGUCCAAUAAAGUCAAUUUAUUUAUCUAACGCUACUAAAGUAAAAUAUCUCUGGGCUUUUGUUACGUACAAAAGCGAUGAUGACUCUGAAAAGGCAAUUAAACGAUACAAUAACUUUUACUUCAGAGGCAAAAAACUCUUAGUGAGUAGAGCCCAAAAUAAGGAGGAAAGAGCCAAAUUUAUAGAGUCCCAAAAAAUGUCCACACUUUUCCUGGAAAACUUGAGCGCUGUUUGCAACAAAGAAUUUCUUAAAUAUCUGUGUCAUCAAGAAAAUAUCAGGCCUUUCAAGAUUCAAAUAGAUGGCUACAGUGAAAACACUUCCGCUUAUUCUGGGUACAUUAAAUUCAAGAAUUUUGAAGAAGCUACAAGAAUAUUCAAUUUUUUGAAUAACCGUUUAGUAGGAGGGAGCAUCGUUAUAACAUCCUGGGAAAGACAAACUAAUACAUCGAAGCAGUAUCACGAUGAUUACGGGAUCCGGAAUAAACUUUCUCCUUCCCACCCACAAAUUACCCCAUACUACCAUUAUUCACAAACCAGCGAUUUGAACUCCUCACAGUAUGCUGCGAGAGCUCCUUCAUCAAUGAGUAACAGUACAAGAUCACUGAUGAAAAAUAAAAAUUUCAACAAGAAAGUUCUGGAGACGUUCGAAAAACAAGUGAGAAGAGGAAUAGAUUUCAUGAGAUUUCCAAGUGCAACUAGAGAGGAAAACAUACACGGAAUAUCUGAGUAUAUUUUUGACACUUAUUGGAAUCGAGAUAUUUUAGUCCUGGAUAAAUUUUUAUCAUUAUUAAAGAGCAGUCCCUAUCACGAAGGUGUUUUGCAAAAACAAAUUGAAGAAGCAGCAAGCUCGUUGGGAUUUAAAAGAUAA